AUGGGUCGCAAAGAGUCUAGUCUCAUUACCAAGAGAAAGAAACAAUUUUCCAAUGCCGCUGCAGCCUCUAGAACACCACCUCGUGCCUCCAAACGGAAGACAACGUCAACACCUAUUGAGCCCCAACGUCAGGCCCAGAAGUGCCAGAAGUGUCCUGGGAGGCCUCUUCGAGCCCAAUGCGAGCAUACCAAGCGCGGAAAGGAGUAUCUGGCGCGUCAAGCUGCAUUAAAUGAACUUGAGGAUGAUUCGGACAAUGAGUCCAGCUCAGACAGUUCCAACAGCAAUGUCGGGCCUGGCCCCUCUACCUCACUGGCAUUCAACAAUGCAGGCCCUUCCACUCCUGACAUCUUUGCAUCCGCGAGCACACCCGCAUCACACAGUGUCGUUGCCACUCCCACCCCCGCAUCAGCACGUUCUGGCAACAUGGGUGUGCUCACCUCAUCGCAUCUUGCCCAACUAUCUGCUCGCACGGGAAGUACCACCAGUGCGAGCCUCUCAUCAGCGUCCGCCUCAUCUUCUCGUCAAGCGCGCCGCACCAGUGCCAGAGACCCAUACAACGGCUUUGUUGAAGGAGCUUACCGUGGAUCGGAAAUCUAUCAAAUUGUGCGCGGCCAUGCGCUACCUUCACCUAUUGCCGACAAUACUCGGGCUGUACGGAGGUUUACGAGUACAAUCAACUCGAUUGUCGAGAAGUGCGAGGACUUGUCUAGACAAACUUCGUGUUGGCUUUUUAUCGGUGCCCAGCACUCGACAGCUCGAUCUCCCGCCAUCAGUUAUGCCUCACCACGCCUUCGUCGAGAUGCUGCAGAGCAGGUAGGAAAUAUUGGGACUCAGUUUUCCAGUAUCACUCGUAAUUUGAUUCAGGCCCGCACUCAGGAAAAUGCGGACCUCCAACGCCAACUUGAUCAAUCUCGUCUUGACGCACAGCAAAUGGCGCAAUCAUUGGAGAAAGCGGCUCAGACUCAGAAAGAGUUAGAUAAACAGUUGAAGCGUUAUCAGCGUAUCCACGGCCUUCUUUAA